AUGCACCUCCUUCCCCGCGAGCAGGACAAGCUCCUCAUUGCGACUGUCGGUCAGCUGGCGCAGCGACGUCUCGCGCGCGGCCUGGCCCUCAACCGUGGUGAGGCGGUCGGCCUUCUCAGCUUCCAGCUCCACGAGCUCGCACGCGAUGGCACAUACAGCGUCGCGCAGCUUAUGGACCUCGGCAAGAAGAUGCUCGGACGCCGGCAUGUGAUGGACGGCGUGCCUGAAGAGAUCCAUACUGUACAGAUAGAGGCGACCUUCCCUGACGGCACUUUUCUCGUCACCAUCCAUGACCCAGUUUGCGCCGACAGCGUUGACCUCGAGCUUGCACUUUACGGUAGCUUCUUCCCCAUCCCAAACGAAGACAAAUUCCCCAUCCGCGAGCACCUCGCCAAGGAAGACCUCCCAGGUGCAGUUGUGUGCCUCAAGGAGAAGAUCAGCCUCACUCCUGGCCGCAAACGCAUCCUCGUCGAGGUCAAGAACCUCGGUGACCGGCCGAUCCAGGUCGGGUCGCACUACCACUUCCUCGAGGCGAACGCUGCACUUCUGUUUGACCGCGAACUCUCGUACGGAAAGCACCUCGACAUUGUGGCCGGCAUGGCCGUGCGCUUCGAACCGGGCGAGCGCAAGACUGUGCCGCUCGUCGAGAUUGGCGGGAAGAAAAAUAUUUGGGGUGGGCAUGGGAUUUGCCCAGGGCCGCUGGACGAGCGGAAUAGGCACACGCUUGUGCGCGAGCGUGUGCGUGAGCUCGACUUUGCGCACAAGAAGCAGGAGAUAGUGGAAGAGGCGCCCUCACCCGAGGUCGAUCGCGAAGUCUACGCGUCCAUUUUCGGACCAACAACUGGCGACCGCAUGCGCCUUGGCGACACGAGCCUGUGGAUCGAGAUCGAGAAGGACUACACGGUGUAUGGCGACGAGUGCAAGUUUGGCGGAGGCAAGGUCAUCCGCGACGGCAUGGGACAGGCGUCAAAUAAGUCUGGUGCAGAGGUACUGGACGCGGUCAUCUCCAACGCGGUCAUCAUUGACUGGAGCGGUAUCUACAAGGCAGACAUUGGCAUCAAGGACGGGCGCAUCCAUGGCAUCGGCAAGGCGGGCAACCCAGACAUCCAGGACGGUGUUGACCCCCUCAUGAUCGUCGGCGCUCACACCGAAGUCAUUGCUGGCGAGGGCAAGAUUGUCACCGCUGGUGGCCUCGACACGCACGUGCACUAUAUCUGUCCACAGAUCGUGGAGGAGGCGCUCUCGUCUGGUCUUACAUCAGUCAUUGGUGGCGGAACGGGUCCCUCCGCCAGCACCAACGCAACGACAGUCACCCCCAGCAAGUGGUACAUGGAGGCGAUGAUGCUCGCGACGGACGGUUUGCCGCUCAACUUUGGAUUCUCGGGUAAGGGCGCCGACUCGGGCGAGGCGAGUCUGCGUGACAUCAUUGAGGCGGGUGCCAUGGCGCUCAAGGUGCACGAGGACUGGGGAGCGACGCCCGAGGUCAUCGACCGCAGUCUCAACGUGUCUGACGAGUACGACAUCCAGAUUACCAUUCAUACCGACACGCUCAACGAGGCUGGCUACGUCGAGAGCACUGUUGACGCGUUCAAGGGCCGCACCAUCCACACGUACCACACUGAGGGCGCCGGUGGUGGUCAUGCGCCUGACAUCAUCGUUGUAUGCGAGCAUCCCAACGUCCUCCCGUCAUCCACCAACCCGACCAUGCCAUACUGCAAGAACACACUCGACGAGCACCUCGACAUGCUCAUGGUAUGCCACCACCUGGACCGGUCGAUUCCCGAGGACAUUGCGUUCGCCGACUCGCGCAUCCGCGCGGAGACAGUGGCCGCCGAGGACGUGCUGCACGACCUCGGAGCGAUCUCGAUGAUGAGUUCGGACGGCAUGGCUAUGGGACGUAUUGGCGAGGUGGUGGCGCGCACUUGGCGUACAGCGAGCAAGAUGCGCGACCAUCGCGGUCCGCUCGAGGGCGACGAGGAGGGGCGUGACAACACGCGCGUAAAACGCUACAUUGCCAAGUACACGAUCAACCCGGCAAUCACGCACGGCGUCUCGCACAUUGUGGGCCAGGUCAUGCCAGGCAUGUUGGCCGACCUCGUGGUCUGGGACCCGCCGUACUUUGGUGCGCGUCCCGACAUGACGAUCAAGGGCGGUAUUAUUGCGUAUGCGCACGUCGGCGACGCCAACGCCUCCAUCCCGACUGUUCAGCCGAUAAUCGGGCGGUCGAUGUACGGUUCCGAGCCUGACGCGGCGGGGUUCAACAGCGUCGUGUUCGUGUCCAAGGCGUCGAUCGACAAUGGCACUAUCAAGGGAUACGGGCUCCGGAAGCGGCCCGAGGCAGUGCGUAACUGCCGCAAUAUCAGCAAACACGACAUGAAGUGGAACGACUACAUCCCGCGCAUGGAGGUCGACCCCGAGACGUACGAGGUGCGCGCGGACGGCGAGCUCAUGGACGUGCCGCCGGCCGAUACGCUUCCGCUCACCAAGCGUCUCUUCCUCUUCUAG